UUGGCUUCGGCUAAAAGUGGUUUGUUAUUGUUGUUUGUUUGAUAUCAAAGUGCUCGAUACAAUCAGUUUUAAUACAUUUGGAUUCAGUGCAAAUUUGACAAACCUCGCUAACGGACGUGCUUUACGAUACUUGGUCUCUACUAAAUAAAACACAUGCAUGCCGGGAAUUAAAAAUUGUAUGAAAAAAAAUUAUAUUGAACGCAUGCCGCCGUUUUGUUUUUGUUGUCAUUGAGUAGUAGCAAAAAAUAAAUAAAAAGACGACAAUAAAUAAGAUUCUUUUUGCUUCAAUCUCCGUGUACAAGCAGAAAUAUACACACAUUUAGUAGCCACACAAAAACUAAAAGGAAUGAGCAGCAGCAACAGCAUCAGUAGAAUCGUUCGAAUCAUUUGUAUGUGAGACGCGUAAGGUUGUUAUUUUUAGAUGCGAUCGCUCGUCAACAAAAAAAUCUUAAAUCUUAGAGAAGAUGAAAUUAUCAACAACAAAAACUACAAAAAUAACAAUUGAAAUAUAAAUGUGAUAAAACAGCAACAAUAAAAAAGCAUUUUUGUUUUUGGAAAUAAAAACAAAAGAAUUAUGUAUGGGAAUAUUUGAAACUAAAGAAUACAAUCACAAUGAUGAUGAUGAAGAUUCGAUGAUGUUGAGUAUAAUGCGGAAAAAGUAAUGCACUCAUUUUUAUGUAGUUAAAAAAAAAACAACAAAAAAUUAAUAAUAAACCUUGUAUAGUUGAGAUUUCGAUAUAUUUUACCUCUCAGUAAAAACCAACAAAAUUUUAAAGAAAAAAUCAGUUUGAUGUGUCAUCUUAAAAGUGAAAUAAAAAAUUUAUAAAAUUCUUAAAUAAGACAAAUUUUAGAAAGAAAAAAAAGAAUUGCUCAUAUUAAACAAAAAUAAUUUAACAAAAGCAAACAAAAAAUAUUAUUACAAUUUAGCAGCAAAGUGAAAUGAAUAAAAAAUAUUGUAUUUGGUGCCAAAGAUAAAUGCGACAAAUUACCUGUAAAGUGUGAAAUGUUUACAAGUUUUGGUUAAAAAUAUCCAGAUUGUUUAUCUAAUUCAACAUAAAAUCUAAGCCAAUUUAGGUUUUUCCUUUCACAGAAAUUUAUUUAGUAAAAAAUUACUUGAUAUCAACCACGUUUUUCACAAAUCUUAUUGGAAGGAUAUACAUCACGUUUUCCGGUUCAUGAAAACUUAAGAGAGAACCCUCGAAAUUGAUUAAAUGGCCAAUAUGGAUAGUGAAAAGUAUUCAUUGCGUCAGAGACAGAAACGUAAGCACAUCUUGACUAAUAGCAGUUUGGAUUCCCAGGGCUAUGCCAGUGAUAAUUCAACUGAGUCCCUUAAUAACUCGAGAGACAGUACCCAAUAUUGUCGAGCCAACAAGAAUGCACAGGCGACAAAUGGUGCAUUGACGGGUGGUAAAUCAAAAACAAAAGCGGCUCCUUUAAGCAAAUAUCGACGAAAGACGGCUAAUGCUAGAGAAAGAACGCGCAUGCGUGAAAUAAAUACUGCAUUUGAGACUUUAAGAACUUGUGUUCCACCCUGUAUAACUAAUGAAGAUGCCGGUUGUACUAACGAGAAACUAACCAAAAUUACCACUUUACGUCUGGCUAUGAAAUAUAUUGGACUUUUAACCGAGGCUUUAGAAAAUCCCAACGAGGCUGAUUAUGAUUUACUGUACGAAUGUACUCAACCCAGAGUUAGAGAAAUGUCAAUAACUGAGGAAAAUUUGGAACCUGUAGUAAAGGAAACAAAAGAAAAGUCCUCAAAAUCGAAUAAAAAUAACAAAAAUACUAAAACUACAAAACCUGCAAACAACUCACGCAAAUCUUCCACGUCUUCUACACCAAAAAGAUCGGCGAAAAAACAAAAAAUAACUAGUACUGAAAAUGCAUGUCAAACCUCACCCAUUCCCAAUAAUUAUCAAGAAUCUCCUGCUUCAAAUGCUUCAUCGGCCUAUGCGUCACUCUCUUCCGCCUCCGAAUCUUCGGCCUCGCCAAUUUCGAAUUCUUCAUAUAUGUUUGAGCAAAACGUAGCCAACCAACACUUUACCUAUAGCCAUCCACAACACCACAAUUCCAUGUCAGAUUUAAGUAAUUUAAUGCUCGAAUCUGAUGGAGAGUCUCUUAAUCUUUCCGAACGCUGUCUUAGCCCUCUACAGACCACGAAAAAUACCAGCAAUACCCGCAACGAACCCUACGAAUGCUCACCUACCGAAAUGCAAACUUUGGAAAAUCCUUUAGAAUUGAGUUUACGUUUAAUGGAACCUGCUGCUGAUGCAUUAAGUUUGUCCGUAGAUCCCAUUAUACCACCUUCCUCCUGCAUCAGUCCUCUAAUGAAUCUAGAGCCAUUUAAUGCUUUUGAUUUAUUUCACACCGAAUUUAACGAACAAUCCGCUUUGGAUCUAUUUCUAACGUGACUUUUAAAAAUUCUCCAUAUUGUUUUAAGUGUAAAUUUUAAGAAAAUUAUUUUAAGAUUUUUGAUCAAUUUUUAAUUUAAAACAAUUUGAAUUGUACGUUAACCUCCCCAAAAGUUUAGAUAAUAGUUUGCUUUCCAUUUAAGAAAAAGCUUUUCUUUUUAUUAAAUUUGUUUUUGUUUUUAAUAAUAAUUAUUUUAACGUAUUGCUUAAAAAGUAUGUAUGUAUGUAAUUAUCGAAUAAUUUGUUAAUUAACUUUUAGCCUCUUGUUUCUUUCUUGCUAUAAAUUAAUUUAAAUUAGUAUUUUUUUGUUUUAAGUGUAUAGUUUUUACCUCACAUUAGUUUGAACUUCCAUAUUUUAUUAUUUUCAUCGUUUUAUAUAUUGUUUAAAAGUUUAUUUAUGUUUUUAUUUGUCUAUUAAGUUAAACGUGUUACGAAUUCUCAUUUAGUUUAUGUUAAAAAUGUUUUAAAUGAGUUUAAACUUUUUUUCUUUAUUUUUCGAUUUUAAUUUAUUCAUAAUUAUAAUUAAAAU